AUGUCCAAGGCUCUGAAAGCGAAAGAUCAACUGCGCAUUCUGAUUCCUGCGGGCAAGGCUGCACCUACACCACCCGUCGGUCCAGCGCUUGGUGCGCGUGGUGUAAAAUCUAUGGAUUUCUGCAAGGAGUUCAAUGCUCGAACUGCCCAUAUUGAACAUGGGGUCCCAACUCCUACUUUAAUCACCGUCGAGCCUGACCGCACUUUCUCGUUUAUCACCAAAACACCACCAACGACCUACCUCUUGAAAAAAACUGCGGGGAUAGAAAAGGGAACAGGUCGACCUGGUCAUGAAGUCACCGGAACAAUUAGUCUCAAACACGUGUAUGAAGUCGCAAAAAUUAAAGCCAAGGAUGCGCACCUCAAGCACUUGAAGCUCGAAUCGAUCGCAAGUACUGUUGUUGGCACAGCGAAAAGUUUGGGUUUACAGGUUGUGCCGUGA